AUGGACCUCUUGGACACACUGCCGAAAGUCUGCUCUCAUUCCUCAUGCAAAAAUCUAUUGCCUCCUGACUUUGACAAGAAGACAUGUGAAAAGUGCCGAGAACGGGAUCGUAAAGCCCGCGCUGAGCAGCGCAAGCGCAAGCGUGAGAGGGAAGGUGUCGAUCCCAGCUCUCAAGCAACUUCCGGACAGUCCUAUGCAGGGAAAAAGCCCCAUACAACAUCUCAUAAAAGCGAAGGUCCUCAGUCAGUGAGUGAAGGUCAUGGUGGAAUGAAGAAGGAGAUACCUGUGGGCGUCAUGGAGGGGGCAGAAUCAGACAAGAACAAGUGUAGCUCUGACGAGGAAUCUGAUGCAGCUAUGAGAGUCUCAUUUGAUGCGUCCUAUACCAUCCCGAUUGAUCCUGUUGUCAGCAAUCGAGAACGCAUUCAAAUGACCACUCAUGAGAUUUGGAGAGCCACUGGGUAUCGCUUCACGGUGAAGGACCACCCGAGGAUCAAGAAUGGCCAUAAAACGCGCCUGUGGUGCAGCCAAGACAGGCAACGCAAGCAGAAAGCAUGGCCAACCGAUAACAAGUGUCAGCAAAUCCGCAUCCGACUUGAGCAUCAUUACCGUCACAAACCUUAUUACGAUGUCUCACUCCCUGCCGAAGCUAUACAGAUUAUCCGCGACAAUCUGGAAUGGGCCACACUGAGCAACCUGAUACAACAAGUCCAAGGCAAGUUCGGUCACAUCAGCGCAGCACAAGUUCACAAUGCAUGGACGGAAAUGAGUCAAGGAUACUGGAAGAGAGAUAAUUUGCAAAUACCUUCUGCAGGAUUACUGCUUGAGGAAUACAAAAAUGACGUUGACGUCCUGGCUGUGGCACCGGCGGAGGACAUCGAACAACUAUGCUGGGGUAUGAAGCACGUUGCGGGGCCAUUGAAGGAUAUGGUGGUGGAAAUCGGCAUUGAUGCGACCUGGUUUCCCCUGUCGUACUGCCUCCUGUCGACUGCAAAUGCUAUUGACAUCGGGAAGCGCACAAAAGCGCUGGAGGCAUGGGCUCGGGCAAUCCGAGAUACAUACGGCAUAAGACCAGAAUUUGUGCAUGUGGACAAAGAUAUGUCGGAGAUUGGCAUGGUGCGAAAAGUCUGGACUACAAAGAUCCAGCUCUGCUGGUGGCAUCUCAGGAAGGCAGUCCGUGAGCGGCUGUCGAAGACGAAGCUAUCGACAACUCCAUAUCACCCAGCCCACACGUGUGCGGAAUUCCCAUUCAUUGACAUUACCUUCGCUCCUCUCGACCAGCCUGACCACAGUGAAAAUGAAGACGGCAUACCUGAACAGUCUGUGCAGCCCCCAGCCUCCGAAACAGGCUGCGAUGAUCCGGUUGCGCUUCACAUCACCAUUCCAGGCCGUACCCACCCCCAAGUGACACGAAGAAUGGUCGAGAACAGUACUUCUGGCCAGCUGCCGCAUGUGUUCAAGCUCCCUUCCACGGAGAAGCUGCAUAUCGUCAUUCCUGCAAGGCAUCAGCAGGACAACACAGACGAGAACAAUCAGCAUGACUUACCCAGUCCGGCACAUGAACCUGCUGCUGACAAUCCUCAACGAUGUUUCUGUCCUCUAGAACACCGCACCUGCAUCGUCGAUAUGAUGGAAGGGCACCUGUGCGCUCAUCCCUUGAUUCCUGGCUACUGCGCUCCGAGCGCAUCGGCGAUACGCACCUGGGCUGUAAAGCAAAUGUAUCACUACUGUGUGGAACAUGAUCUACGAGAGCUAUGGGCGUACCUAUGGGAGAACUGGUAUCGGCCUGGCCGCUGGGACCUCUGGGCGCGGUCUGCCUAUCAUCUCAUUCCCAGAUUAAAGACAACCAUGCUCGUGGAAAGCCAUUGGCGGCGGCUUAAGAAGGAUUUCUUGCAUCAAUUCCACAAACCUCGCAUUGAUCUGCUCAUAUACAUCUUAGUCCGCAAGCUAGCGCCUACCUAUUAUCGCAAGCUUGAUCUCAUGCUCAACAAUGUCGGACGAUAUCGCGGCCUUCCAACAUGGCGAAAAGCAUUCAAGACCAUUUGGAAGCAGCUGACGAACAAGACAAUCGACGGCGAUCGCGAGUUGCACAAUUACCGCCCUGACGCGCGCAAAUGGCCGACAUUCUUCCUUGAGGUCACACGCAAUCGCACAACGCCGUUUUGGGCUCACCCAUCUCUAAUUCCACUUGACCAACUUUUACAGAGCGAUUUAGAGGAUUUUGCUGAUGGGCUUGAGUACCAGAUACAAUUCCAGGACCAAAGAAUGUUACAGACACUCGAGCGCGACGGUGCGGGAUUCCUUCGGCUUGCCGAGAACUGCUUAAGCAGGGAGAGGCGUCUGAAUUCAACAAGAGAAGGCAGUGCUCCGCCGAAUACUUGGGAGCGCAGCACCUCAAAUGCAAUGUAUUACCGUAGCCGUCCUCGUGCACAAGACAGAGAUACAUAA